UUAGCUGGACAUGCCAGAGUGUGUGUAUAUAAUACACCCGUGACCUCCUUUCUAGUAUACCGUACCGUGCAAAGCACUGUCUCCUCUUCCUCUCUAUUUCUUAUUGGCUCCGGCACCGCACGUACGCGGAGCUAGCUAGCAUUAUCAUCGCCCUCAGGCAAUGACGACGUCGCCGGCGACACACGACGGCGCCGCCACCGGACUCAGCGAGCCACUCCUCCCGAACCGCAACGGCGUCCACGCAGGAGCACUGGUUGUCACGCCGGUCGUGGCCAAUGGUCACGGCGGCGGCGACAAGCUUAAGGACGACCUGAAAGCCAAGGACAAGUACUGGAAAGACGUCGACCAACCGGACGACGUGGCGGCAGCGCCAGACCUGGAGAAUGGCGGCGGCCGGCCGCUGCUGUUCUCGAACAGGAGAGUCAAGAAUAUCAUCCUGUACCCGUACAGGGUAUUGAUCCUGAUACGAGUAAUCGCCGUCAUCUUAUUUGUCGGAUGGCGCAUCAAGCAUAAUAAUUCUGAUGUCAUGUGGUUUUGGGUGAUGUCCGUCGUCGCAGACGUGUGGUUUAGCUUAUCAUGGCUAAGCUACCAGCUCCCAAAGUAUAAUCCCAUUAAAAUGAUACCCGACCUUGCUACACUGAGAAAGCAAUUUGACACUCCAGGCAGGAGCUCCCAACUGCCAGGCAUCGACGUCAUUGUUACCACUGCCAGUGCUACUGAUGAGCCCAUAUUGUACACCAUGAACUGUGUUCUCUCUAUCCUUGCAGCCGACUAUCAUAUUGGCAGGUGCAACUGCUACCUAUCAGAUGAUAGUGGCUCAUUGGUCCUCUAUGAGGCAUUGGUUGAAACUGCAAAGUUUGCUGCUUUGUGGGUUCCCUUCUGUAGAAAGCAUCAGAUUGAGCCAAGAGCACCAGAAAGCUAUUUUGAACUAGAGGGCACAUUGUGCGGAGGGGCCUCACAUAAGGAGUUCAUUCAGGAUUAUAAGCAUGUACGCACGCAAUAUGAUGAGUUCAAGAAGCAUUUAGAUAUGCUUCCUAACACCAUCCGCCAAAGGUCAGACAUUUACAGUAGAACAGGAACAAAGGAUGAAGAUGCAACAGUGACUUGGAUGGCUGACGGAACACAAUGGCCAGGCACAUGGCUUGACCCAACAGAAAAACAUAGGCCUGGCCACCAUGCAGGAAUUGUUAAGAUUGUGCAGAGCCAUCCAGAACAUGUGGUUCCACUAGGCGUACAAGAGAGCAAUGACAGCCCACUCAACUUUGACGACGUUGAUAUGCGCCUGCCGAUGCUGGUGUAUGUGGCUCGUGAAAAGAGCCCAGGUGUCGAGCACAACAAAAAGGCAGGCGCUUUGAAUGCAGAGCUACGUAUCUCAGCUCUACUCUCUAAUGCACCUUUCUUCAUCAACUUUGAUUGCGACCAUUACAUCAACAAUUCAGAAGCCCUGCGUGCAGCUAUUUGCUUCAUGCUAGACCCACGGGAAGGGGAUAAUACUGGAUUUGUUCAGUUCCCGCAAAGAUUUGAUAAUGUUGACCCAACAGACCGAUAUGGAAACCAUAAUCGAGUCUUUUUUGAUGGCGCCAUGUAUGGCCUCAAUGGUCAACAAGGGCCUACUUACCUUGGCACAGGUUGCAUGUUUCGUCGCCUUGCACUCUAUGGUAUCGAUCCACCUUGCUGGAGAGACGAGGACAUCAUAGUCGACAGUAACAGGUUUGGUAACUCAUUACUCUUCCUGAACUCAGUUUUAGCAGCCAUAAAGCAAGAAGGUGUCACACUACAACCACCACUGGAUGAUUCAUUUCUUGAAGAGGUGACAAAAGUAGUGUCAUCUUCCUAUGAUGAUUCGACAGAUUGGGGUAGGGGCAUUGGCUACAUAUACAAUAUGGCAACAGAAGACAUAGUAACAGGAUUUCGCAUCCAUGGGCAAGGUUGGCGCUCCAUGUAUGCUACCAUGGAACGUGAAGCAUUCCGUGGCACUGCACCCAUCAAUCUAACAGAGCGCCUCCGGCAAAUAGUCCGAUGGUCUGGUGGUUCCCUAGAGAUGUUCUUCUCACACAUUAGCCCUCUGUUUGCUGGUCGUCGACUCAGCUUGGUGCAGCGACUCUCCUACAUCAAUUUCACUAUCUACCCAUUGACAUCACUCUUUAUCCUAAUGUACGCCUUUUGUCCAGUGAUGUGGCUUCUUCCAACAGAAAUACUUGUACAGAGACCAUAUACUAGGUACAUUGUGUACCUUAUCAUCGUCAUUGCGAUGAUCCAUGUGAUUGGCAUGUUUGAGAUAAUGUGGGCAGGAAUCACAUGGUUGGAUUGGUGGCGCAACGAGCAAUUUUUCAUGAUUGGCUCAGUAACUGCAUAUCCAACAGCAGUGUUGCACAUGGUGGUGAAUCUCCUUACAAAAAAAGGUAUACACUUCAGAGUCACCACAAAGCAACCAGUUGCUGAUACAGAUGACAAGUAUGCUGAGAUGUAUGAAGUGCAUUGGGUGCCCAUGAUGGUACCGGCGGUUGUGGUAUUGUUUUCCAACAUCUUGGCUAUUGGUGUAGCAAUUGGUAAAUCAGUCUUAUACAUGGGGACAUGGUCUGCAGCGCAGAGAAGGCAUGGUGCACUGGGUCUGCUAUUCAACCUGUGGAUUAUGGUGCUCCUUUACCCAUUUGCAUUGGCGAUUAUUGGAAGAUGGGCCAAGAGAACUGGAAUCCUCUUCAUCUUACUACCCAUUGCUUUUUUGUCCACCGCAUUGAUGUACAUUGGCAUCCAUACAUUCCUUUUACAUUUCUUUCCAUCCAUGUUGAUAUAGAAAGUACCUUAGCAUACUUUUCUAUGGAUCACUAUGACAAAUGAAGAUAUCUCCUUAAGGAAGGGACUUAAGUA